AUGUUCAAUCAUCUUUUAGAGUUUCAUAAUCAAAUGCUUUUAGUUUAAGCCCUCUCUAAUAAAAUACAUGAAAUUGAAUAUUUUUAGAAGACUGGAAAGCCUUAUAAAUAUGGAAAUAAUGAAGAAUUCAUUAUAGACGGAUAACAACUAAUUGAAUUCUAUUUUUAUGACUAUAUGAUGCUUUAAGGGUAUUUAUAUUAACAUUAAAGUAGAUUUCCAAACGAAUAAAGCUAAUUAAAAAAGCCUAGUGACAUUAUUUAACUACGUUAGAGACUGAUAAAUGACAAAUAUCUAUCAGAGAUGGCAAUCUUGUUAAAUCUAUAAAAUCUUAUCAAAGUUGGAAACUAAAAAUCAUUAAAGUAUUUCUUACUAAUUUAAUAAUCUUAGAAACAAUCCAAAAAUAUUAUCGGAUUGUCUAAAAUCAAUCAUAGGAGCCCAUUACUAUGAUAAGUAAAAUGAUCUUGAAACUCUAAGAGAUCUUAUUCACCCAAUCAUUGUUUAAUUAUUGAAUAAGUAGUGAAAAAAAAUAUUUUUAGAGGAGAGUAAAUAACUAAAGCCCAAUGGAAAUAUAAUCCCAAGUCAUCAUUUUUAGAAUACUUAAACUCAUUAAAAGGACAAUUAGACAUAAACCCUAAAUUGACUAUAGAAUGGAAAAAAGAUGAUUGUGUUUAAAAUUCAAAUAAAUCUAUAUACUAAAUUACAUUAGAAUUAAAUAGUACUUUGAAAAUAUAAAAAUUUGGAAUGAACAAAAGAGAAACAGAAUAAAAUGUAUAUUUAGAAGCUUUGAUUUAGUUGAGAAAAUAUGAUAUAAAGCACAACUAAAAUUAGUAAACGCUAAAUCAACAAAAAACAAAAAUAAUUUAAAUUUAAGAUGAAUCUUAAUUUUUAACUUCCCUCAAUUCAACUAUAAAUAAUCAAGAUUUAACUUUACAUAUUUUUAGUGAGUAAAAUUAAGAUAAAUAUAACCUUGAUUGCGAUUUAUAAUUUAACCUUAUUUUGGAGAAGCUUGCAUUUGAGUGA